GUUUUACGGCAAGUAUUCAGUUUUAAGGUGAUCAUGGCCAACCUCAUCUUACGUUGUAAGAGUGAAAGUCCAGCCAGCCUCCUCGCGGCCACAACGGAACUUGACAUACGCCAUGGGUGCAUCUCAGAGUGACCAGGGAAAUGCCGGCAAAGCUGAUCUCGUGACCAGAAUUAAAUCGAGAGUUGAGAGCGUGGAUCCCGUGAAGGCCAGGGAACUCGGUGGUGUAUUCCUCUUUAACAUCAUCAAAGGAACGUCAGUUUAUUCUUGGACUCUAGAUCUGAACAAGCCGACUGUGUACGAGGGCGAGCCAGACGACGACCCCGACACCACGUUCACUCUCAACGAGCACUACUUUAAACAGCUGGUCUCCGGACGAGAAGAUCCUCGCGUCAUCAUGCAGGCAGGACGCUGCUCGGUCACUGGGGAUAUUAUGAGGGCAAUGAAACUUGAACCAUAUAUUAAACUCGAUUAGAUUCAAUUUCGACUGCCGUCUAGUUUUCUAAGUGAUAUCCUAUGUCUUUAAAGCAAGUUUCUGUGUAGAUAAAAAUAAUGUUUUAAUAUAAUCAAACAUACCUAUACAUUUAAACAAUAAUGUAUUAGGAAGUCUAUUGAGAGGUAAAUGAUUUCCAAAACCUCCAUGUUUAACAGAUAGCGACAAGCUCAAUGCAAUAUUUUUACUGUAUAACGUAAUGUCGCUCUAUGUAGUGUAUUUGUAUUUUUAAUUACCAUAAAUUAUUAUUAGAAAAAAUUACAAUAAGUAUACAUAAAA